CUGGCGACGCGAACAAACCAUAGGAAAGCGAGACGGACGGGGCCGAAAUAAUUUGGAGUUUGGAGGUGUUUCCCUCAGAGCUAACAGAGUCUCACAUUUUAUAGUUUCUCUUGAACAAGAAUUAUAACACUUACACUGUGUUACAAGUAAAUAAUUAUAAUGGAUGCAUUUGGUGAUAAUUUUGUCAAUGAGCCUGAUGUGGAUCCAGCUGCAGAAUUCUUGGCGAGAGAACAAGAUCAACUAGCUGGCUUAGAAGAUGAUAUUACACCAAUGGCUGUAACUCUGGCUGCAGCAGCGGCAGGUCAACCUGAAGAUGAGCUGUCUGGAAAAUUUGGAAAUCUAAAAGUUGGUCCAGGAGGCGACGCUGAAGGUAGUUUCGAAAUUGUAGAUACUAUCGGGCAAUCUGUAGAGCCACCAGUGGCGGCAGAACCAACACAAAUUAAGGAGGAACCUGAAAAAAUUAAAAAAUGGAGAGAAGAACAAAAAGCACGUCUUGAGGAGAAAGAUGCAGAAGAGGAAAAAAAGAAAGAAGAAUGGAAAGAAGCUGCAAAGAAAGAAUUAGAGGAAUGGUACAAACAUCACGCAGAAGCCAUUAAUAAGACGAAAGCUACUAACAGGGAAUCAGCCAAGAACGCAGAGAAGCAGUUUGUCGCAGAAGCAGAUGAGGUUGAACCAGGUACCGAAUGGGAACGCAUCGCCAAGCUUUGUGAAUUUAAUCCGAAAUCGUCCCGCACCUCCAAAGACGUUUCCCGCAUGCGAUCGAUUAUCUUGCAAUUAAAACAGACACCGCCCACACCUAUUAAUGCUUGAUUAAAUUAAAAUUAUAUCUACAGUUAGACUCUGAAAAUGUGUUAAAUGGUAAAUAAACAAAAAAAUAUGAUAAAAAAGAAGUAUAUAAUGUACGUCGUGAGGUCGCGAUGAUAUUAACAAAAAUAAAAUCCAUGUUCUGUUAAAUUAAAAAUAAGUAAUAUUAUACAUAUAUUAAAGUUAUUGAUAAUAAAUACAUUAUGAAGUAAUGAUUAAAAAUGAGUAAUACAUAUAUACAUAUGCGCGAGAGAUGAGACAGAGAUGAGGUUCACGGAAAUUGGUACAUGUAUUUUCCAGCAAUGAGUAUUUAUUGUAACUAUAAACGAUGAACAAUAAAAAGAGGUAUAC